AAUAAUAGUCACCUGCGCAUCUCUGGUUGGCAUGGCGGUGAAGCUGGCGCCCCCGCCAUUGUUCCAUGUGCGGGAGAUUCAAUCAUGCCGACGAAUGGUGUCGUCUAUGCGUUGUGUGAUUGUCAUCUCCGAGUUCUUUCAUCGCCUAUUGGAUGCCUUAACUGCGUACCUUCGGGCUCGGCAUACGUACAUCCUACCGCUGCAAUCUCCUCGAGCCUACACCCAAUGGCGAUAUCGAGCAACUAUGGCACGUCGCAUUCAGUGCAAGUGGCGAAGGUAUGUAUGUAGUACAUCCUGCACCCAGUACAGCAUACAUAGGUGCACGAAAUGAAUGCGUAUACAUGGCCCUGUACAGCUACACACACCGCCGGCUGCUCCAUCUCCACCUUCGAGCUCGACGCAAGUACGCCCUCAAAGCAGGACUUCCAUUGUAUGAGCACGCAGCCACGACCAUCCAAAAGCUAGUCAGAGGGCGGCAGUCCCGCCGCCACCUCCAACAACGUGGCCGACAUGUCCUUGAGAAACGGAAUGUGUAUGGCAAACCACAGUGGUGGGUCCUGGACGACGUUGUAACGUCGCAAGUUCGACUGGCACGGCUACAACGUCGACGGGACGAGUACCAAGCGCUUGUGCAGCAGCUCCGGUGUGAUGAACAGGCGAAAAAGAUGGCAUUGGACCGGUUUAGGGCCCUCGAGGCUAUGUUAACACUCUCCCCACCUGACCAACCCAUUCAAACAGAUUUGGUCGACGGGUACCCGUCCGCCUAUGCACACGAUGUGGUCCAACGUUUUUUGGCCCAACAUUUGCCUAAAAGCAGGGCAAACCUCAGCGCAGCUGAAACGGAGCUCCGCCUAGCAACCCAAAGCCACCCGUUGCUUCAUCAGGCCGCGACCAUCAUCAGUGCUAGGUAUCGCGUCAUGCAAUGCAAAAUCCCCUUCCUCCAACAUCGCAACGCCGUACGGGCGACAGAAAUUCGGUUCAAACGGUCCAAGGCCGAGUCGUUGGUUCGCAUGAAUGUCGCGAUGCAUCAACGGGCAGUGCUGCGCAUCCACGGUGCGGCCACCACCAUUUCGAGCUGGUGGAAGAUGGUAGCCGCGGUGGCUCUGGGCAUUUCACUGCGUAAACGGCGCGCCCACUUCAAGCUAAACGUGCUACUGGCCAUCGUCAUGACCAUGUUGCCCAAGGCCAAAGCUGCGCGGCGCCGGCAUCUCGUCGCCACCGUGGUGGUGCGGUACCGAGCCGUGGUAUCGACACGACUGGUGACAAAGGUGGUUGCGGCAUGGAAAGGCUAUGCCAAAGAAGAAGUCGCGCUGGGAAUGCAGCGCCGCGCCCGAGAGGAGCGAGGCAUGCUGUGCUUCAUAGAGUCGUGCGUGCGGCGACUACAGCGAAGUGUCAAGCACUUUUUGCACACGACGCGACCAAACUACACGCGUGCGGUAGUCUCAGGUCUGCACCCAGUGGUGGCUCUGCACCUCGAGCAAUGCCAGGGCGACUUGGCCAUACUAGCCCGUGCUGUCGAGUCGGACGUGCAGGGGUGGCUGGGUGCAGAAGAUUUCUCUCUGUGGGUGCACUUGGCCAAUGAGUACUGCCUUCCGCUGGCCCUACUUGAGCCUGUGGAUGCAUGGUGGCCUCGUGCGCUCGAGCUGUUGCGACUGCACGUCCAGUCGUCCGAUCGGCAGCCGUGGCGGGUGUGCGUGCUGGCAUUCUUGGACGACGUGAGUCCUCACUAUGCAGCCAUGGACGCUAUGGGAACGCAGCUGCUUCACAUCGAGGCCAAACACGAAUUGGUGUGCGUUGCUCGGUCGUACCUCGUGCACCUAUGUGCAACCCACCACGUGGCCAUGCACCCCAAUCGAGCCGUAUUGGCUGGGCAGGAAUUGGCGAAACAGUGGCAGCAAGACCUAGCCAUCCGAAGGCAUCUCCACGCGUCACCAAACACCACCACCGAGGCCGCCAUCGCUUGCUACAGGCACGAGGACAUACAUACACUCUCGUUUUCCCUGCACCUACCGACCUCCUGCAGCACCCAUUGAGUUCGGUUGUGUGUGCACUGUCUCUAUGUAGUCGAUUUCACAGCGACAACGGACCAAGUCCGUUGCUGUGUUCCAACUGCUUUGUCAUGUUCGAAUAUGACCUGCACCCAAGCCAAUGUCCGUGUGGGUUUGCAUACAUCCGACGCCCCACCACUUGCACCUACGUGCAACCCGUUCCGCUCCAUAAUAACGAAAUGGUUGUUCGGUUUCCGCAUGCCGAACGGAGCGACCUACUGCUGGUACAUGCUUACUUCCACGCGCUGGCGCCCCUUGGUCAUGCCAACCGACUGCAGUCGCCACCGCACCUAUGGCGUCUAGCUGUGACGCGCGCGCUCCCGUGGAUUGAGGUGCUGAGUUCGCACAACUUGCAUACGCUGGACGCAUUGUGCCAACUGCCAAGAAAGCUCGUGGAAAAUACUGUGAACCUUCCCGUGCGAGUUCACGCCCACCUUGUAGCAAUGGUGGCGGAGCUUACUCGACAAUGGCAAGAAUUGAUCGAAAUGGAAGCCGCCAGCGCUGGCUCAGGAUUUGGUCCGCAACGGUGAACCAGGACGACAAGAUGGAUGGGAGAGAGGCAGUUUACACUUUGUUUUACAUUGCCAUCGCCAAAUUGAAAUGAUUAUUACAAGAGCCAUGUAUGUGCAAGUUGAAGUCUAGCCCUCGGUGCCGAGUGGUGAUUUUACUCUAUAAUUUUAUAUACAUUUA